AGCUGUAACUCUUUCAGCUGCGGUUAUCAUUUGAAUUAGUAACCAAAAAAAAAUGUCAUCAGUUUUGACAUUUUUAGUAACUCCAAAAACUAUCAUUAGAAACGCCAUCAUCGCAUUUUGCCAAACGUUACCCGUUUUAUAGUUAUAAAAAUAACAUUUUUGUGUGUUUGUGUUUAUUAUUUCUUCAUGCAUCUCUCACUCUCAGGUGUAGAGAGAGAGUGUGUGAAGCGAUAAACAGUCAGAGAGAUAUUCCAUCAAACAGAAAAGAGACCCACAAAAAGUUAGCUUGAAUCUUUGACUUCAACUUAAAUAAAUCUUUGAUUUUGCAUUGACUACUACUCUUGGAAUUUGAGCUCUUUCAGCUAAAUCAAAAUGUCUUUCAAGAACAGAGGAGGAGGAAGUUUUGGAGAUCACUACUUUACUCCAAGAAAUGUGGUUUCUAGAAACUCUGUGUUUUUCUUCUGCAUCGCAAGUUUCUGCCUUGGAAUGUUCUUCAGUAACAGGGUGUGGAAUGUACCUGAAGGUAGAGGCAUAUCAACACUCUCCAAACUAAGCUUAAAAUCUGGUGAUCACGUUCAGAAUAAAAACAAUCAGGUUUUGGAAUAUGGUAACAACACUAUCGGGAUCUUAGAUAAAUCCAUUGCAAGUUUGGAGAUGAAACUGGUAGCUGCUAGAGCAGAGAGGGAGUCAUUGUCAGGCAAGUUUAGCAUGUCUGAAGAAGCCAAGAAAAGAAAAUACUUCAUGGUUAUUGGUAUCAACACUGCCUUUAGUAGUCGUAAGAGACGUGACUCAGUCCGGUCAACAUGGAUGCCACAAGGAGAGAAGCUUAAGAAACUGGAGGAAGAGAAAGGCAUCAUCGUUCGCUUUGUUAUAGGACACAGUACGUUGUCUCUUGGCGUUCUUGAGAAAGCUAUUGAAGCAGAGGAGAAAACAUAUGGAGAUUUCUUGAGACUGGAACAUAGAGAGGGAUACAUGGCGUUAUCCGCCAAGACAAAGACGUUUUUCGCUACAGCUGUUUCCUUGUGGGACGCUGAAUUCUACAUCAAAGUUGAUGAUGACGUUCAUGUGAAUCUUGCUACUCUCAAGACGACUUUAUCAAGUCACCGGAACAAGCCUCGUGCUUAUAUCGGAUGCAUGAAGUCCGGUCCUGUCCUAGCAAUAAAGGGUGUGAAGUACCAUGAACCAGAGUAUUGGAAGUUUGGAGAGAUCGGGAACAGGUAUUUUCGCCAUGCCACGGGACAGUUCUACGCUAUUUCUAAGGAUCUAGCAACUUACAUAUUGAUCAACCAAGAUUUACUGCACAAGUAUGCGAAUGAGGAUGUGUCGUUGGGAUCUUGGUUCAUAGGACUGGACGUUGAGCAUGUUAAUGACAGAAGACUUUGUUGCAGUACUUCUCCUCAUGAUUGUCAACUAAAAGCAAUGAUGGGAGAUGUUUGUGCGGCAUCGUUUGACUGGAAAUGCAGCGGAAUCUGUCAGUCGGCCGAGAGAAUGGCUGAUGUUCACGAACGUUGUGGUGAACCUGAAAUUGCGUUAUGGACGUCGAGUUCUUGAGAAAAAAAAUAUAAAGAGAAACAAAAUUUUCUUACUAUAUUCAUAAUUAUACAACAUAAUAUUUACUUGUGGAAUAUAUUAAUAGUAGGGUUUUUGGGUGAGAAGAUGAAUAAAUGUAUGCAAAAAAUGGUGAGUGAAGUGGUUUAAUGAGAGGCAAUGAAAUAAUGGUUAUGGUCACAUUUGGUUUGUCCUAUGACUGACAGAUAAAGAGUCCUUGGUUGUUGUUGUGCCUUUUAUUAAUUCCCACAUGUCCUCUUUUUCUUGCUUCUCAUUAAAUCUCACUGCCACUAUUUCCGCCUUUUUGUUUUUUUCUGACCUAUUAUUAAGAAGCUUUUGAGUUCAAUAUCAACUCUUUUACCAGGAAUUACAAUUGUAUUUCAUUAAAAAAAUAUAUAUUGGAACAAGUCUGCUCGAUUUCAGGUAGACUCGCAUCAUAACUUAUUUAUUCGGUCUUGGGAAUUUUUGCUACCGUCGAGUUUGAAUUUUAUAAGUUGGAACAUUUUGAUUCACAUAUUAAUAACAUUCGUUGUGAGAAGAUUAAGGAAACGGUUUCCUUAUUUCACUAAAUUAUGAAUAAUCUAACGAAUUUUCGGAAAGUGUUUACAUUUUGUCACAAAACAUACUUCCGGAAAUGUUGAACGACUUGAUGGAAUUAAAUAAUAAACCCUAUUGCCUACUGAGAGAGUGUUGUUCUAACUUCUAAGAUUGACAAAUAGCGGAUUAUAACCUAUUAACCUUACACUUUUAUUUAAGUAACGUUAAAAACAAGCCAAUUAACUGUAGACAGAAGUGCAAAUAAGUACAAAUCAAAACUUAUAAUUCUCUGUAUUGUUGCAAUCUCCUCGCGAUAGAAAACCCACGACAACAUUUUCAUUCUAGCUAUUACUACAUAUUUUUCUUUUUGCUUAAAAUUUCUUAUUUACUUUCUAAAAAUAGAAGUGUUAUAUCGCAGUUGUACUUGGAUUUUGGGGUUUGUGUCGCGUGUCAACAUACCUUCGGAGCAACAAAAAAGAUUAAGGCAUCAGUUAAAUAUUGUUCAAAAUAGGAAACAGUUUUUAAAAAAUUAUAAGAAUACCUUCACGGUUAAUAAAACCAUCUUUACCGUUUUGGGUUGACGCGUGAUAUUGGCACGGCUCAAUCGAACAAAACCGAUCUCUAUCAAGUGAGAACACGACUAUUUGAUUGAACCGCACUAAUAUCUCGCGUUACCUUACAUCAUAAUUCAGCAUAUCUCAGAAAAUCAGGAAACAAAUAAGUAACAUCAACUAUAAAACCAUAUUACAAGUAUAUAAAAAUGAUGUGUCGGCACUGAAAAUGUUACUUUACCGGUGAACAUCAUCGGAUCCUUGCAGAACUCUUACUUUCAGCAACGUCAAAGACAAAAGUAGCAUCAACGGAGAAAAAAAGGAACGUGGCUAUUUGAAAGAUUGUGGGACUGCAAAGUGAAGGAGAGGAAGUUAUAAAUAUGAAGAUGGUUGAAGAAGAAAGGCAAGGCAACAUACUAGCAUUAAAUUAGACCAACAACCCCAUACCAAAAAGGAGGUUGUCUUAUUGAAUUUGAAUUGUUUCUAUUAGAAAACUCUUUUUCAAAAAAGUACCAUUAUGUGUUCUUAUUAAAUUUAAAUUUUUGUUCUAGUACAACUACAACCAAUGAUUUUUUUUAAUCACAACCGAUGAUAUUAAUCAUGAAAACAAACUUAGAUAGACUCCAAGAACAAGAGUUUGUUGUCACAGUGGCUUAACAAUUUGGUCUUGAAAACUCUAAUUUAUAUAUGGUUUAACCACUUCAAAGUCUUCUAACCAAAUCAAUAUAAACUAUGAAAAAUGAAGCAUUAUAAUUAAUUGUCAUAGCAAAUACGUAUUAUUAUAUGAACCGAGCUAAUCUAUUUGUAGCCGACGAAAUAAGCAUGACAAAUGAAAUAUAUAUUGGUCACUAAUAAGUAUGUCUAUUUCGAAACGAAUUUUUCGAUCCAAUUCAUAAGUCAUAACUAUCUCGAAAAUUAAAUUUUAUCGGCUUUUGUAUACUGGUAAUUGGUGCAUAUAUCUAUAUAAAUAAUACGUAAUGUAAUUAUCUAUGCUACAUGCUAGAUAGCCGAUUAAUUAAGAAGGAACAAUGUUCCCACGCUCAGUAAAAAAAAAUUUGUUCCCACGAGCUUUCAGUUUACCAGUAUUUAUGAGGUUUGUAAGAGAAAGCAAGGCAUGUUGGUGGGGUUUUGUCACACUCCCAAUAUACAUUUGAAUUUCGAAUUUAAUAUGGCUCUAGUUUCCAAAUAUUCUCCCUCCGUAUGUAUCUAUAACAAUAAAAUAGAGUUUUUUCUCACCUUAACCCUCCACAUCAUCAAGAAGGAGGGGGCAAUUAAGGACACGUGUCCAUCAUUCUUCAUCUAUAGAAAUUUUUUCGAUUUCAUUAUGGGUUUCUUUCACAAACUUAAUGAAAACUUUGGACACCUCAAUAUAUUGGGCUUUGUUUCCCUGGUCCAUCAAGGGAUCCCCUUCUUCUUGUGCUGAUUGAAGACCUUGCGAUCUCUCUUCCGCUUCCUCGGCUAAGUAACGUUCCAGAGUCAAUCACUAAAGAAAACUCAAUAAUCCCACGAUUUCCUCUUCACUGCAACUUUUGGAUUCUCUCAGUUUCAAACUCUAUAUAUCCUUUUGUUCUCUAGCUUUUCCUCUUUACCAAAAUUAUCAAAAUCAAAGAAUCUUGGCGAUCUUCUACACUCCAAGCUGUGAGAUUUCUUUACAAACAGUGGUCGCAAAGUUGAUUUUGUACAGAUGGAAUUGCUGAUGAUUCCUUGAGUGAUGAGACACCCACGUCAAGUUUUUAAACUUGAGCACUGAAACUUCACAUGAAGCAAAAUACGCUGGUGCACAGGACAAUAAAUCUUCUUAUAAUGAGGAUGUUGUACUAGGAAAUUAAGAAGCCUUUGGUCUCAUGCGUUUUCAUUCAAAAGAAGACCACAUGAGCUACUCUAUUGUCUCGUGGGCGUGUACGGCAUGGUCAAACGGCUCAAAGUUCUCAUGGUAAGGACAUUGCUACUCUUUAUCUGUUUGGAUGUGACAUGGUGUUGGAUUGGGUGGAGCAAGAAGCACAUGUGGCAGGGUGUCGUUCGACGUCUGAAGCAGAGAGGUAUCAAGGGAGGAAGAGGAAGCAAGAGAACAAAGGGAAAUGGAGUAUAGACCUCCUAAGCAAGCAAUUUCAAGCAAGGUGUAUGAUUUGGACCUGAAUGGGUUCACGGAGUCGCAACUGCGGUACGAAAUCGUAACUGUUUGAGAUACUAGAUAUGUGGAUCCUACCUUCAUAUGAUUCGAAGUUUCUGUAGACCAAGAACCUUGUAGCUUCUGAGAAGAAGCGGCUUGGGUUUGCUUGAAGCUGAGAAGAAGAGGGCACAUGCUUUUGUCUAGCAAGUACGCCACGUUGCCAACUCUGUUUCUAAUCAGCGUGAGAUGGAUAGAAGUAAAAUGAGGGACAAACUUGAAGACAAAUUUCUAAGGGAAAAGAGACAUAGAUCGGAGUUUCUUUGUCAAAGAAGAAGACAGCUUGAUUCGAUUAGUCUCUACUGCGAUAUGAUGCAGCAAGAUGGUGAUCUUCUCUCUAGAAAGCUGUCAAGGUGUUGGAAGUGCUUUGUGAUUUAAUAAAGUCAGCCUGAUACUCUUAAAGCUGUUAACUCUUUGCUUGACCGCCUUCAAGUUCGCUUAGAAGCUUCUAAAACGUUACCGCUUCUUCUCAACCGUCGAUAAUGGAUAACAUUCAUCAUCUUCUUAGAAGAGUUGCCACCCCAAGAAAAAAGAAGACGCCAAGUACUCUAAAGAACAAGAAAGGAAAGAGAGUUACUCCUGGUAGGAGGGUGGCCGUGACAUCUGAGGUUUCCUAUCAGAGUGGUCCUUUCUGCUUUUAUGAUACUCGGUCAUCCAGACGCUGUGUUUAACAGUCAAGGUGAUCAAGAGGCUGCUCUUAAUGACUCAGCGAAGGGUUUUUUGAGGGAGUUUAAGUUAUUGAUAAAGGUUAUUAAAGAGGGUCAUGUUAAGAUGUCUAUUGAGGAAUCAAAGCUUCAGACGUUGAGAUCUCAGUUGGACUUAUUUGAUAAGGCAUGGUGCACAUUUUUGAAUUCGUUUGUGCUUUGGAAAGUGAAGGAUGCUCGGUUGUUGGGAGAGGAUAAGGUAAGAGCAGCUUGUCAGCUUGAAAUUUACAUGAUUCAGAAAUGCAAGAUUACUCCAGAAAGAGAUGACACUGUGCUCACUCAUGACAAGAAAGCAAUUCAGACCCGAAAUACGAAAGGCAUACUAAGCUUCCUAGAAGGAUAGACUAAUUUUUCAUUAUUGUAAUAGAUUAUUGCCACCGCUCUCCUACUCUGUUCCCUUCGCAAUAUAUCAUCAAUAAUCCAUAGCUAGCCAUAUUUACUUUAAGAUUCUGCAGCUUUUGGUGUGUA